AUGAAAUUAAUAGGUAAAAACGAAGAAAUAUUAAUGACAAGUUCUAAAGAUAAAUCAUUAUUAAAAUGGGAUUUAUAAAAUUAAAAAAGAAUAGGAGCUUAUGUUUAAAAAAUGGGAGGUAUAAAUAGUUUUGAUGUACUUAAUAAUGAUUUUUGUAUAAUUGUUGGUUAAGAUAAAAAAAUUAAUUUUACAAAUGGGAAUAAAUUAAUUAAAAGUGUUGACACAUCGUCUUUUAAAAGUUAUUAAGAUGAAUGUAUGUCUUUAUGUGUAUCAAAAAGUGGAACUUUUUUUGUUACAGGAGGCACUGAAAAAUCUGUAAAAGUAUGGAAUAUAGUAAACGGAAGUUUACUUUUUGAAGGAAAAGGAGGACAUUCAUCUACAAUUAAUAUUGUCUAAAUAUCUGAUAAUGAUAAAUAGAUUAUUUCUGGCGGAAAAGAUGGAAAUAUUUUAAUUUGGGAUUUAUAUAUGUGAUAAUAAACAUAAUUUUUUUUUUCAUAAAAAUUUAUUUUGUUCUAUAUCUUUUAAAUUUAAUUUUGGAAGGAAAUUUUUAAAAAUUUCCUCUAUUUAAAAUCUGCAUUAUCUCUCGUUUAUUUAGUUUAAUGAAUUUCCUAAUACUUAAACAUCAAAAUUACCUUUUUUAUUUUUAAAUUCAACAUAUUUUAGUUAAAUUUCUUCUUUUUUUUCUAAAAUCCUUCCAAUCAAACUACAAAUCAACAAUCUUAAUGCCAACCUAAGUCUAAUAGUCCCUUAUUUCAGGUAUUAUUCGACAAUAUAGUUAUUAUCAGUCCCUUUUUUGAACUCUAAUGGCGCUUUAAAAGUAAAAAACUUCAAACUUUAUAUAUAAACAAGUUUAAAGGCAUUCAUAAUUACCCCUCUAAAGGGUAAUUUAAAGAAAUCAGGCAAUUUAUUAUAUUAAGAAUUUCCAAAUUCUAUAAAAAUAUACUCUUAAAUAGGUACUAAAAACUCUUUUUAUAAACUAUCCAAAAAUUCUUUUUGUUCAUUUAAAUGUUAAUAUAAUUCAAUGUAUUCUUUAUUAUAUAUUUAGAGUCCUUUUUGCACAUUUUGCUAGAUAUUUUGGUAUUGUUUAAUUU